GAUCUUGUUUCCCGCAGUGAAACCAGACUUGGAGGGCUGAGCAUCAGUGGAGACAGUUCUGAAACUGACAUCCUUAGAUCUUCAGAGGUGACAGAUUUGCUGUAACAGAUUCGGUUGCCCAGUGUAGCGUGUCAUCGGUUGUUGACCGCUGCGGGGUCCCCAGUAAGAGGAGACGCAUCACAUGAAACAUUGGACCUAGUCAAAAGCGAGAAGGGUGUGGUCCCAAGAGUAAGAGGAGAGCCACUUGCUGUUUGAUGGGCACUGAGGAUCAAGUGUGAGACCAAAACCCUGGAGGGUCAGGGUCACCUGCUCUGAAGGAUGAAAACACCCAGUAAAGCCGGAUUGGCCAGCUGCUGGUCUGGUCCGAACCUGCCCCCGCGCUCCCUCUCCGGGUUUCCCCGUGGCCACUCGGGAGCGCGACAGCUGCUGGGUCCACUGAAGACCCAGGGCCCCGGACUGCGAGGCUGGUGUGGAUGGACGCCCGGGCGCCGGAAGUCCCCAGCGGGGACCUGCUGCAGAGCGCGGCAGAAAAUCUACUUCAGGAGCUUGAAGAACAUUUCCGAGCUCUGACUACAACACUGAACCUCAAAAUGGAAGAAAUGGGAAAUCGCAUCGAGGACUUACAGAAAAAUGUGGAUGACCUAAUGGUUCAAGCUGGAAUUGAGAAUUCUAUCAAAGAACAAACGACCUGAAGAUGUUAAACAAGUCAUGUGAAAUUUCUAAAAUGAAAACUAUACUGUUUGAGUAAUAAUAAUCUAUGCAGUAUGAA